UUUUGGCACCUCAACGUUAUUACAUCUUUGCCCCACGACGGUGAGCAUGUCCAAGAAGAAUCUGUCGAACAUCCGCACCGCCACCAUCCAUGGCCCCGUCCUCGUGUCUCCCAUCUCGGUUGCGCAUCGGAACAAAGCCAUGGAAGCAACAACCGCUGACGGAAAGAAAGGUGGCGAGGGCAACAACCAAGUGCGGGCGCAGUGGAUUGCGAACCUCAAGAAGAAAAGCAUGGCGACCGAAGGUGGCUUGAGUCCGCCCACGUUGACAUCGACGUCGUCGCUACCGCUUCACCAUCACGACCAUCAUAUGCAGCAGAAACAUUCAUGCAUCCUCUUAGCGACCGAGAACCUGGGCUACGACAUGUACUCGAACGUGAAAGUCGAGCCCAAGGCCACCGUGGACAUUUUGCCCAAGAAAUGGAUCAAACCUUUGCUCAAGAAGCGCAACAAUGCGCUGGACAUGCACAGCGGCCCCAAACCCCGAACCCCGCGGCGCAAACUGAACUGUGGCAACGCGUUCGAAGAGAUGCACAUCCAGACCAGCAACCAGCACAUGCUCGGCGACACCGCGUGGGGAGGGUUUCUGGGCGUGGGGACGCCGUCGGCGCACUACUAUUCGAUCAUGCCCCACCAUCUCCACCCCCCGACCAACCAGCCACAUGCUACAGGUGGCGCCCUGCUUCCGAAUGACCACUUGUUCGGCCCGGACAUGGACUUUGGAUGCAAUUUUGACACGUUUCUGGAUCUGCCCACGCCCAAGUCGGCGGAAAUGCCCAGUGUCGUCCCAAGCUUUGCUUUGCUCCACGACCAAGAAGGAGACCCCCAUCGUCACCACGACGGAGGACGAGGUGUAGCAGCAAUCACCCCCCGAAACAAGUUUUUGGAAAAGCCGUACCAACCCCCCCCCGCGUUGGUACGGACAUCCAGCGUGGAGCAGGAAGGGCUAAGCUACUGCCUCGGCCAGACGCGGUUGCACUCGUCGUCGCCUUCGUCCAAUCAAGACGACAAUGACUAUCAUCGUUCGUCCCCCGAGCCCCAGCCAGAUGGCGCGACCACGAACCUUACCCCCAGGGCCCAAUCGUCCGGAUGUAUUUUUGACCAUAACAAACACCCCGAGCUCGAAGGCAUGUUCGACUACGAGUUCAACGACGACGACAUUGACAAAGAAGUGGACAACUUUUACAUGGCGGACGGCCACGAGCUUGAGAUCGACCUCAUCGCGUAACCUGUUGUUGUCUAAAGCUAGAAUUCCACCGGGACGACAAGCGCGCCACCCACGACGAGGUGUAGCCUUCCCUCACCCCUCCUCACGUAGUAGUAAUAGUCAUGUUUCGCCCUUUCAGUUGCGAAUCGUUCCCGUCCAUCCAUUAUAAUAUCAAUUUUGUGACAACG